UUUUCCUUCAAAAUCCACUCCACCAACCAAAUCCAUUCCCUCGUCUCUGUGUUGUGAUCGUUCGAUUCAAUGGCACCGAAGGCCGAGAAGAAGGUUGCAAUAGCGAAGAAGGCGGCCGCUGAGAAGAAGCCGGCCGCUGAGAAGAAGGCCGCCGCUGAGAAGAAGCCGGCCGCGGAGAAGAAACCAGCCGCGGAGAAGCCAACGGAAGAAAUCGAGAAGGGUGAAGCGGCGGAGCGAGCUCCCGCGGGCAAGAAACUGCCGGCGGAGAAACGGCUUCCAGUAUCAAAAGACGGCGCGUCUUCCAGCGGAACGAAGAAGAAGAAGAAGGCCAAGAAGGGAACCGAGUCUUACAAGACCUACAUCUUCAAGGUCUUGAAGCAGGUCCACCCCGACAUUGGCAUAUCCACCAAGGCGAUGAGCAUAAUGGAUUCAUUCGUCAAUGAUGUAUUUGAGAAGAUCGCUCAGGAGGCAUCUCGCCUCUCUCGCUAUAACAAGAAGCCGACCAUUACGUCCAGGGAGAUCCAGACCUCUGUUCGACUUGUUUUGCCCGGGGAGAUUGCUAAGCAUGCUGUUUCUGAAGGCACCAAGGCAGUUUCCAAAUUCACAAGUUCAUAGACUCGGUUCUUCUAUCUCUCUUCGCUCUUUUUUUUGUUGGUCUGUUAAGGUUAGGGCUAAGUUUGAAUUCCUUUAAUUGAUUGAUCUAGCUUUCUUUUUAGGAAUGUAAUUAGUAGGAAAGUAUGAUGGAUUUUCUUGGAUUCUAAUUGAGAAUCAGGUUUUCUCAAGAAAUAAAGCAUCGGACGUCAUCGUUCUCGUUAAAUAAUUCAAUUCUUUGCUGUGCUGAA